AAAAAAGAAGAAGCACAUGCGGUUUCCUUUGCUUCUUCCUCCUACAAGUUGGAUGUCUCCGUCUCCCACGGAGCUUAUAAAUUAGUGAAAUAACAAAGCUUUGGUCUGUUUUAUUAUCAUCAUGCAUUUCUAAUCUCUUCUUCUUCAAUUUCUAUGCUUCUCUCUCUUCCAAUUACAUAAUCUCUGGUCCAUAGAAAACCGGAGAAAACAUCGGUCUCUUGUGACCGUUGAUUCCUUUCCAUUCACUUCUUCUGGUCUAAAAAAAUUCAAGAUCUAAACGAGAAGAAAAAAAACAAGUAAAAACUUUUUCAACCGUUUUUCCUGUCGGUAACGUUUGGAUUUUUAUUGUAAAUUUUGGUCUUUUGUCAAGAAGAAGAAGAAGAUGGUCGUUAAGAAUGUUCAAGACUUGGAUGUUCUUCCGAGAAAUAGCUCCGAUUUAUUCGAUGACGAUGGUCGUCCCAAGCGAACCGGGACGGUGUGGACAGCAAGUGCACACAUAAUAACAGCAGUAAUUGGGUCAGGAGUGUUGUCAUUGGCAUGGGCCGUUGCUCAGAUUGGUUGGGUUGGUGGUCCAGUGACUAUGUUACUCUUUUCUUUCGUUACUUAUUACACAUCUACCCUCCUCUGUUCUUGUUACCGCUCUGGUGACUCUGUUUCCGGCAAAAGAAACUACACUUACAUGGACGCUAUUCACGCUAACCUCGGUGGGAUUAAGGUGAAAGUAUGUGGAGUUGUGCAAUAUCUUAAUCUCUUUGGUACUGCAAUUGGAUACACUAUUGCAUCAGCUAUAAGUUUGGUAGCAAUCCAAAGGACAAGUUGCCAACAGAUGAAUGGAGGAAAUCAUCCUUGUCAUGUGAAUGGAAAUGUUUACAUGAUUGCAUUCGGUGUUGUACAAAUCAUAUUUUCUCAGAUUCCGGAUUUUGAUCAGUUAUGGUGGCUUUCCAUUGUCGCUGCGGUCAUGUCUUUUGGUUAUUCUACCAUUGGGCUUGGUCUUGGUGUCUCUAAAGUGGUAGAGAACAAAGAAAUUAAAGGUAGUCUCACUGGAGUCACUGUUGGGACAGUGACACCGAGUGGGACAGUGACACCGACGCAGAAAAUUUGGAGAACAUUUCAGUCUCUUGGAAACAUUGCGUUUGCGUACUCUUACUCGAUGAUUCUCAUCGAAAUUCAGGACACGGUAAAAUCACCGCCAGCAGAAGUAAACACUAUGAGAAAAGCGACUUUUGUAAGUGUGGCAGUGACAACACUCUUCUACAUGCUCUGUGGCUGUGUAGGGUAUGCAGCAUUUGGAGAUACCGCACCCGGGAAUCUCCUCGCUAAUGGAGGGUUCAGAAACCCAUUUUGGUUGCUUGACAUAGCCAAUCUCGCUAUAGUGAUCCAUCUAGUCGGAGCUUACCAAGUCUAUUGCCAACCCCUCUUUGCAUUUGUCGAGAAGGAAGCCGCUAGGAGGUUUCCAGAGAGCAAAUUUGUCACAAAUGAGAUCAAGAUCCAACUCUUUCCGGGGAAACCCUUCAACUUGAAUCUCUUCAGGCUCGUAUGGAGGACAAUCUUCGUGAUGACAACAACGUUGAUCUCAAUGUUAAUGCCUUUCUUUAACGAUGUUCUCGGUCUUUUGGGGGCCAUCGGGUUUUGGCCUUUAACGGUUUAUUUCCCGGUGGAAAUGUACAUUGUACAGAAGAAUGUUCCGAGAUGGGGCACAAAGUGGGUUUGUCUACAAGUCUUAAGUCUGGCCUGUCUUUUUGUAUCCGUUGCCGCGGCUGCAGGAUCUGUAGUUGGCAUUGUUAGUGAUCUCAAGAUCUACAAACCUUUCCAGUCAGAUUUCUAAGAUCAUACGGAAAAUCAAACUCCUACAAAAAGGGUUAAGAUUAGAAUUGAAUGUUGUAAUGUUAUCUUUGUAUUAGUGAAAUUAACUUUGUGUAAGUGCUCAAUAUUAAAAAAAAUGGUCUGCGGUCGGAAAAUAUUUUUGGACA